AGGCUUCUAAGCAUCCAGCUCAUCUUUGCUCUGACUUUUGCUCAGCUAGUUGCACACACAGCUCUGACAGCAAGUGGAUUGAAAGGAAUUGCAGUAUAUUACAUUUAUUUUUGCUUGGGAAGGGAUUCUGCUGGUCUAUGGAUUGUGUAAAUUAUGAUACACUAGACUAGAUAAUAGCAUUUGAGUGGUAACAGAAUAUCUACAGAAUGCUUCAGUUUGCUGCAGAUGUUAGCAAUACAUUUGUAUUAGCAAUGCUAUCCUUAUAAAAUAAUGUAGUGGUAGAAUAUGUAUUUAUUUAGACCAUAUUAUGGAAGCUCAUGUUAUGCUGCUGUGGAUUGAUACAAGUCUGAUCUAUUCCCCUGACUCUAAUCCCACUUCACAUUUUUCACAUCACAAUUUAUCGGUUGGAGCUUUUAAAACAUGUUUUAUCUAUGCCUUAAUAAUCCACCUCAACAACAAGUUUAUAAAGCUUAUUUCUUCCAUUGCUGAUAAGCAGUAUCGAUACGCAUCCGCAGUACCACUACUGCAUGGCUCCUCUAGGGCUAGCUCUGUGUUGUCUUUGCUAACGUGUUUCGCCUUGUAAUUGUUAAUGUCGGCCCUAAUUUAUGCAUGUGAUGCAGCACACCGGUGCAGGAAGGUCAUUAUUGUGAUGUACCACACGCAGGGUGGAUUGAUGGGGCUCUGCCGUGGCUGCGGCGCUGCGAGGGUUAACUCCGAUACAGCAGUUUACACUGCGGCUGGAUGCUAGCUCAGAGGAGCCCCAUGCUGUAGCAGCAGCAGCACUGCAGAUCCCACACACUGCUCCGCCAGGAGGGACUCGCCUCCGUCCUCUGAGCGUGGAGACGACAAAGGGAGAGGAAGUGUGGGAAGAAAUGAACAGAAGGAUGUUGGGAGAGAGAGCAGAGAUCCAGCAGGGAGACGGAGACGGAGGCGGUGACGGUGACGGUGUAGUGGUGAACGCAGCGUGUCUCUGACGCGGGGCUUGGCCUGCCUGCCCCGUAGCUCCGCCUCGAGACGCUCCCGGAGCCAAGAGGCACGGAGAGGGGGGUGUAAUGGGGAGGAACGCACCCAGCUCCUACUGUAGAGCUCUGCUGGAGGGACACUGAAGCUUUCUUUAUUUUUUAAAACUUAAUAGUCUCUGACUGUAUUUAGGGAGCAGACUCUGAGUGUGGGAAGCCUAUUUUUUUUGUUUUUGUUUUUACACGUCUGCUGUGAUGACCCACAUACACAGAUAGUACAGCAAUGGAGGAGACUGUCAUAUGGGAACAGCACACAGUCACACUUCACAGGGCACCAGGGUUUGGCUUUGGCAUCGCCAUCUCAGGAGGCCGGGAUAACCCUCACUUCCAGAGCGGCGAGACCUCCAUCGUGAUCUCAGAUGUCCUGAAGGGAGGCCCGGCAGAAGGCCUGCUGCAGGAGAAUGACAGGGUGGUCAUGGUCAACGCCGUGUCCAUGGACAACGUGGAGCACGCCUACGCCGUCCAGCAGCUCCGCAAGAGCGGGAAGAAUGCAAAAAUUACAAUCAGGCGAAAGAGGAAGGUGCACGUGCCCAUGGGCCGGCUGGGCGAGCGGGAAACCAUGUCGGAGCACGACGAGGAGGAGGACAGCUACGACGAGGAGAUCUACGAGACGCGCAGCGCCCGCAGCGGGGCCUACAGCGCCGCCUACAGCGCCGUGGGCGGGGCCACGGGCCGCCGCAGCGGGCGCAGCGGCGGCCGCCGGGACCGCGAGCGGGAGCGCAGUGUGUCCCGGGAGAGGAGCCCGUCCCCGCGCGCCGACCGCCGCGGCCAGCACGUGCCGCCGCCGCCGCGGCCCGCCAAGGUCACGCUCGUCAAGUCCCGCAAGAAUGAAGCAGAAUAUGGCCUGCGCCUGGCCAGCCACAUCUUCGUCAAGGACAUCUCCCCCGAGAGCCUGGCGUUCCGGGACGGCAACAUCCAGGAGGGAGACGUGGUGCUGAAGAUUAACGGCACGGUGACGGAGAACCUCUCCUUGAUAGAUGCCAAGAAGCUGAUAGAGAGGUCAAAGGGCAAGCUAAAAAUGGUGGUGCAGCGGGACGACAGGGCAACGCUGCUCAACAUCCCUGACCUCGACGACAGCAUUCCCUCCGCCAACGCCUCUGACAGGGACGACAUUUCAGAUAUCCAUUCGCUGGCGUCCGACCAUUCCAAUCGAUCACAUGACAGACGCCGCAGCAGCCGUUCCCGCUCUCCCGACCGCCGCUCAGAGCCCUCCGACCACUCCAGACACUCCCCGCCGCAGAUCAGCAAUGGCAGUCACAGAAGUCGCGACGAUGAAAGGAUGUCCAAGACUUCUUCCACUGCAAAGAUCGCUGAGGAGAUCCCCCUGCCCAAGCCCAUGGAGUCCUCUGUGUCCCGGGAGGAGAAGCAGCUUCCCCCCCUCCCAGAGCCCAAACCGGUGUACGCCCAGCCCGGCCAGCCGGACGUGGACCUGCCCGUCAGCCCCGCCGACGCCCCCGUGCCCAGCGCCGCCCACGACGACAGCAUCCUACGGCCCAGCAUGAAGCUGGUGAAGUUCAAGAAGGGCGAGAGUGUGGGUCUGCGGCUGGCCGGGGGGAACGACGUGGGCAUCUUCGUGGCCGGGGUGUUGGAGGACAGCCCUGCUGCCAAGGAGGGCCUGGAGGAGGGGGACCAGAUCCUCAGGGUGAACAACGUCGACUUUGCAAACAUCAUCCGAGAGGAGGCGGUGCUGUUCCUCCUGGACCUCCCCAAGGGGGAGGAGGUCACCAUCCUGGCCCAGAAGAAGAAGGACGUGUACCGGCGGAUAGUGGAGUCGGACGUGGGCGACUCGUUCUACAUCCGGACCCACUUUGAGUACGAGAAAGAGUCCCCCUACGGGCUGAGCUUCAACAAGGGCGAGGUGUUCCGCGUGGUGGACACGCUGUACAACGGCAAGCUGGGCUCCUGGCUGGCCAUCCGCAUCGGCAAGAACCACCAGGAGGUGGAGCGCGGCAUCAUCCCCAACAAGAACAGAGCGGAGCAGCUCUCCAGCGUGCAGUACACCCUCCCAAAGACCGCGGGGGGCGACCGCGCCGACUUCUGGAGGUUCAGGGGGCUGCGCAGCUCCAAGAGGAACCUGAGGAAGAGCCGGGAGGACCUGUCGGCCCAGCCGGUGCAGACCAAGUUCCCCGCCUACGAGCGGGUGGUGCUAAGAGAAGCCGGGUUCCUGAGGCCCGUGGUGAUAUUCGGGCCCAUCGCUGACGUGGCCCGGGAAAAACUAGCCAGGGAGGAGCCCGAUAUUUUUGAGCUUGCAAAGAGCGAACCUAGGGAUGCAGGAACGGACCAGCGCAGCUCAGGAAUCAUUCGUCUUCACACCAUCAAGCAGAUCAUCGACAGAGACAAGCACGCGGUGCUGGACAUCACGCCCAACGCGGUGGACCGGCUGAACUACGCCCAGUGGUACCCCAUCGUGGUGUUCCUGAACCCCGACAACAAGCAGGGCGUGAAGAACAUGAGGACCCGUCUGUGCCCCGAGUCCAGGAAGAGCGCCCGCAAGCUGUACGAGCGCGCCAUCAAGCUGAGGAAGAACAACCACCACCUCUUCACCACAACCAUCAACAUGAACAACAUGAAUGAUGGCUGGUACGGCGCGCUGAAGGAAACCAUCCAGCAGCAGCAGAACCAGUUGGUCUGGGUGUCCGAGGGCAAGGCGGACGGGGCGCCAGAGGACGACCUGGACAUCCACGACGACCGGCUGUCCUACCUGUCAGCACCGGGCAGCGAGUACUCCAUGUAUAGCACAGACAGCCGCCACACCUCGGACUACGAGGACACGGACACGGAGGGCGGGGCCUACACCGACCAGGAGCUGGACGAGACGCUGAACGACGAGGUGGGCCUGCCCACCGAGCCCGCCAUCACCCGCUCCUCCGAGCCUGUCCGGGAGGACCCGCCCGUCAUCCAGGACACGCCCGCCUACCCCGGGUACCAGCACCCCCCGCAGCCCGACCCCGCCCACCGCCUCGACCCGGCCGGCUUCAAGAUGGCCGCCCCACAGCAGCAGGACGAGGCCGCUCUGGCCACGCCCCCUGGGGCGGAGCACCCCGCGCAGCUCGAGGGCUCCCGCCUCGAGGGGGCCGGCGUCCCUCCGCAGGCCGACUUACUUAGCAGCCCCAGCCCUGUCCCCGAGCUAAAUCAGCCCCCACCACCACCACCUCCUCCUCCGCCACCUCCACAUGAACCCCUCCUGUGCGGGCAGCCUGGUCCAGAACCAAAGAUGUACAAGAAGGACCUGUACAACAUGGAUGACCCCGUGCGCGUGAACCACGGCAUGAAGCAGUCGCUGAGCUACAGCCACCAGCCGUCGUUCCAGGACAAACAGCCAUACCGCGACAGCGAGCACCCGCCCUACGGCUACGACGCCAGCGGCGGCUACGGCGAGCCCAAGCCCCACACCUUCGACCCCCACCCGCACUACGACAGCCGCGUGCCCCACUACCAGGACCAGUGGGCCCCCUACGACCAGCAGACCUCGGCCCCGCCCGCCGGCGGCUACCAGCAGGGCCACCAGCCGACCUCGGCCCCGCCCACCCCCUACCAGCCGGGGCCCCAGCAGCCCGGGGGCUACCACCAGCGGUCCCCCUACGAGGACGGCCCCGGGAAGGAGUACAGCCCCCCCCAGGCCCGCUACGACGAGCCCCCCCCUGCGCUGGGCUACGACGGCCGCCCCCGCCACACCAAGCCCCCCGGGCCGGGCCGCUACGACGAGGCCCCGCCCCCGGGGCCCUACGACGCCCGCUCGCCUUACGAGGCCGAGCAGGCCCACGGCUUCCCCGGGGCCAGCUCGCCGCGCUCCCCGGACCCCCCCAAGCAGUACUACGGGGACGCGCCCCCCCGGCCCGCCUACAACCCCGGGCCCCCCAACCGGCUGUACAAGUCGGGGCACGAGGCGGGGCUGAACUGCGAGGGGCCCCUGAAGGGGGACGGCGGCGGCCAGUCCCCGGGGGAGCCGGGCGGUAAGGGCCCUCCGCCCCGGGACGAGCCGGAGGACGACCCGGCCAUGAAGCCCCAGUCGGUGCUCAACAGGGUCAAGAUGUUCGAGAACAAGCGCUCGGUGUCUGUGGACCGGGCCAAGGACGGAGGGGACCCCUCGGCCCCACGGCCCGCAGACGUCCCCAGGCCGGUGAUGGCGCCCGGCCCCGUGCUCAAGGCCAACUCCCUGAGCAACCUGGAGCAGGAGCGGCCAUGCUACAGGGCCCCUGAGCCCCAGAAGCCCCACCCUAAGGACGAGGGCCGCCCCAACCACUUCGACCCUGACGAGGACGAGGAGUACUACAGGAAGCAGCUGUCCUACUUCGACCGGCGGAGCUUUGACAGCAAGGCCAUGAGCCAGCCCGGGCCCGCCAUCAACCGCUUCCACGACAUGCCCAAACCAGGCCAGCUGUCCUACCACUACAACAGGGUGGAGUCCAUGGAGAAGGUGAGUCCGGUGGAGAAGAGGUACGACCCCAUGCACGUGAUGAGCCCCACCUCCCAGUACGGACCCCCGCAGACCCCCGCCAUCCCCCCAAACUCUCUGCCCAAACUUGGCCCCAACGAGGUGAACUCCAUCCCCGACGUGCUGAGCCCCCCCAAGCCCGAGGCGGUGGCCCUGCGUCCAGCCGGCCGGGACGACCUGGCCCAGGGGGGCUACUUGCCCCCCCGCGGGGGCGGCCUCGCGGACAAGUCCCCCGUCAACGGCACCGAGGCCCCCCCCAAGGCCCUGGGCGCCCCCACCCCCGCCAGCUACAACCGCUACGUCCCUAAGCCCUACACCAGCUCCGCCCGGCCCUUCGAGCGCAAGUUCGACAGCCCAAAGUUCAACCACAACCUGCUGCCCAACGACACGGCCAAGCCCCCCCCCCUGGGGCUCAGCGGCAGCAGCAACAACAACGGCAGCAAGCCGCAGCUCUCCCCCCAGCCCUUGGACCACGACAGUGGCCUGGACACCUUCACACGCACCAUGGACAACCGGCCAAAGUACCAGCACAACAACGUCAGCGCCGCGCCCAAAGCCAUCCCCGUCAGCCCCAGCGCCCUGGAGGACGAGGACGAGGACGAAGGCCACACGGUGGUCGCCACGGCCCGCGGCAUCUUCAACUGCAACGGUGGCGUGCUGAGCUCCAUCGAGACGGGCGUCAGCAUCAUCAUCCCCCAGGGCGCCAUCCCCGACAGCGUGGAGCAGGAGAUCUACUUCAAGGUGUGCCGCGACAACAGCAUCCUGCCGCCGCUGGACAAGGAGAAAGGGGAGACGUUGCUGAGCCCCCUGGUGAUGUGUGGCCCUCAUGGACUGAAGUUCCUGAAGCCGGUGGAGCUGCGCCUGCCUCACUGUGCGUCUAUGACCCCAGAUGGUUGGUCUUUUGCUCUAAAAUCCUCUGACUCCUCGUCGGGUGACCCCAAGACCUGGCAGAACAAAUCGCUCCCUGGGGACCCCAACUACCUGGUGGGCGCAAACUGUGUCUCUGUGCUCAUCGACCACUUCUGAGGUGUGACAGCUGGUCUGUUGGUGUGCGUGGAGGGCAGGGGGAGGCCCCCCCCGCGCCGCUCCUCUGCUGUGCUCCCUCCAUGGCCUCCGGGGCUGAGCCACACCGCCCGAGGAAGUAUGGAACUGGAAACAACACUCGCACUGUUUACUGUGUCCCUCCCCUCGCAAACGACCAGAGAACCAUCACAAGUCCACCCUGGAACGAGUCCAGACCCCCCGUUAGACCGGGCGCCCCCCCGGCCCUCCGUGGCUGUAACCCCCCCCUGUUCCUUUGGUUUCAUUUAUUUUUAUGUUUUUGGUGCUUUGAAGGCUUGCAAAAAAAAGUAUAUCUUUAAGGAUUUAACACAAAAAAAACGAAUUAUAUGAAAAAAACGGAACUGUUGUUGGAAUGCAUGACCAGUGCCGCAGACUGAAUAAUCUUCAGAUUGACAUUUUUUGUCUAAUUUUUUCUAAAGGUGAGGAGCAGAGCAAGAAAAAGGAAACUAGAGAGUUUAAUAAUAUUACAGUGGGGCGGGGGGGGGGGGGGAGAUUUAGCAUACUGUAUAGCACUCACAAACAGGAACCUCUGCUAUGUCCAAGAACGCUGUUCUUGGGAGGGCUGUGGCCACGCAACUGGCUCUCGAAGAAUCUCUUAAGGACUUGGAAACACGCUGAGCCCGACGCAGCGGUUAUGAAGGAAGGCUAGGCAUCAUGAAAAAAAAGAAGAAAUAAAUAUAUAAAUAUAUAUAUAUAUAUAUAUCAAUAUACUAUAUGAAGAAUGGAGGUUUAAGUAUUAGCAUCAGAAGCCCAUUUGUUUGCAAAUGGGUCCUCUCCAAUGUUUAGAACAGAUCUUUUUUGUAGCAAUGUUUUACCGUAGAUUAAUAUACUGACUUGAUUUGACAAACUCCUGCUGUCUAGAGAUCUAUGCAUGUGCUAUGACUCAGGUCCAGAAGCCUGCUACUAAGUUCCAACACAUGAAGAACCCAUCGUACACUGCAAGCAGUGAUGCCUUAUCUGCAUAUUAACUUUUUCAGUGAGAGUUUAAAAACCCUUUCAGUGCUUCAGUUAGCGCGGUCGGCCCCCCAGGGUCGAUGGCGCCUCUCUACAUCUCCUCAUAUCAGUAAACUCUGAUUUAGCACACAAGAAUAAUUGAGGCUGACGAAAAAGGUAUGCUUUAUUUUACUGCUAUGCAUAUGAAGUCUGAGGAACUACACAAAAAACAAACGACUAAGUCUAGAUAAUGUUUAAAUUAUGGCUGUACAUAUAGCUAGCAUAUGGCCUUGGUUCUCUGUAAAUGAACUUUUUGUACAUCUUUGUUAUUUUGUAUAAAAGAAGAAAAGGUUUCCUAAAAAAAGAGCGCAGCAACAUUGGUUAUGUUUGUAUCCGGGACAGCCCUGAGCCUUGGAACUGACACAAGCAGUAAGAACCCACUUUUCUACAGACUCACUACACACACACCACCUAGGCAUUUUUAACAGUCCAAAACAAAAUCUUUUUAUUCUUAUUUACAAAAUAGAAGAAAAGUGCUUGAUUUAAAUCAUUUUAAAAGAUAUGUACUUGAAGGGUCUGCUUUGACGAGUUCCCCCUUCCUUUAUUUGUGAUACUGGAUGCUGUAUUGUGUGCCCUGAAAUGUAUUUUUGUACUAAUAGACAAUUUAUUAUGGCACAUCAGUACGAUUUUCUUUUGAUAUGACAACACUGCUUCAACUCCAACACUAGUUUAUUUUCCUGUGUGGCUGACAUUCUUUUUAUUUAUUUGUUUCCUUUGCAACACAUUUCUAAGUAUAUCACUGUAUUAAUAAAUAAAUUCAUUUUUAAAGAA